GUUUACCCACUUUAAUAGCUCAGGCGUGAGCGACUCGAAAAAUGGGGGUGUUGUUCCGUACCCUGAGGAUGAGCCUGACAACACUCCCCGCUUUGGCGAAGUCUUCAUCGUCAGGAGAGGAGUAAAUUCAAUGAAUGAUGAUGAAACGCCAUUUCACCAUUGGGCUAUUGGAAUCAAAUUUGGAACAUUUUGGGUUGUCAUCGAAGGUGACAACGAUGAAGGAUUCUUAGUGCCAGGCUACGCCAAAUCAGUGAUAAGACCAAGCGGCACGCUGAUCAGCAUGACAUCUGAGAUUGCAGGGCCGCACACCAGAGGCUCCGUGGAAAUGCCCAAAACUGUUCUCCUGGUCAUCACGCAAUAUCUCAAAGCCGCCUCGAUCAUCAAUCUGAGCUACGUGCAAAUUUCACCCAAGCAGUUGCACACCUUGGCCGGCAGCAUUCCGAAGAAACCAUACGUCCUUUUGGGAUCACCGAUUGCCAGACCUGGUUUCUGGACGCUCUGACCAAGUUGCAACACUUUGAAGUUGGAGUCAAAGAAUUCAACCGUCGGCUGAUGGACGUUGGAAGAUCGUGCAUGAAGACGGCAACCGUUCCUGUGCUCAAAGUGGCUGGCACUUGUACUAAUGUUGUUCACGAAUUAGGCGACACGGCCGGCAGAGUUUGCAAAGGAGAAGAAUUUGCUCCGAGCGCCAUUGUCGAUGGCGUCGGCAAGGCGGCUAACUGCGUCAUCAACGGUGCGUCCGAGGCGUUCGCUGGAGCUGUGAACGGGGUGGCUGACCUAGGGGUCAAUUUGAUCGGAAUCGCAACAGGAGGAUGCGCUACAAAGGGUGGUGCCAGAUCCAAUGGUCAAAGUUUGAGACGUGAAAUGUCCAUAGGCACGAUUAGUCCUGCUGAGGCCACUGUGAAGGGAAUUGGCAAAGGAGUCGGAUGCGUGGUCUACGGAGCCGCCAACGUUACCACAAAUGCCGUCGGAGGAGUGGCAAAGACUGCAACCACCCUGGUCAGCGGCGUGAGCACCACGUUCUCCGACACCGCCAAUUUGGUUGCAAAAGUGCACCACGACUGUGGAAAUCCAGUCCUCUCGGCCAUUGCAGCUCCAGGGGCUGCGGUUGUAGGAGUCUCAGUCGGUGUUGUCAAAACUGCUGGCAAUGUUGCAGUUGAGGUUGGAAACACCAUUGUAAGCAUCUUCAAAGGGUUUGCUAGCAUUUUCUAGAUUAUUGAUUCUCCGUAAAAUCAUUCCUAAAAUGUGUACAAAACGUUUGACUGACAGGUUUUUUAAUUAAUAAACAAAGUAAUUUUUAUAAUUGAAAACAAUCUUAAUGUAUUUUUUAUGACAUUUGUACAUCUGCUGUGGUUUAGUGCCCAAUCAAUAAUCAAUAAAUAUAUAUUAAAAAUUAAAUUUAAAAUGGAACAAUGAAACAAAAACAAUGCUUGGUAUUUUACUACAUGCAAAAUUCCUCGUUAAUAAAUAGCAUAAAUUCACAUUUAUUCGGUUUACCCUGUUAGAAUUCAUGUUAUACGUAUCAUUGGAAUAAAUU